GUAUGGCUGCUUUUGAGGUUCAUAAAGAACGUAAAUAAAUCAACGACAUGGUUAUAAAUCGUACCAAUGUGCUGCGAAAGGUACUUCCAACAAGUGUGUUAUUGUAUUGUAUAUACGAGAUAGCCUGUCACCAACAGGCAUUUACCAACAAUGUAGAGAUUACUGUGCUGCAAGAUUUUAUUUCCCCCAGACGUGAAAUAUUGUCACUUACACGCCCGACUGAAUACUUUGAGCCCAGAUACAUAUAUAGCGAUGAUUUGCCCGCCGCAUCGAUCACACAGUUAGAUCUCACUUGUCCGAAUGAGCAAAAUAAUUCACAAAUCACUUUCAGUGACGUGCUCGACAACAUAAAUGAAUUGGACGACAACGCUGCAAAAGUCAUUUGCAAGUUGGUAAUACAUGAUAACGAAUUGGGGGAUGUAUAUAGAAAUGUGAUCGUGUCACAACAUGGUGGUGCAACCCGAGCAGCCAAGCUAAAAUCAUUCACACUGAAGUUCGUCGAAGGUGAAGAGAGAUGGCGGGAUCUGGAGAUGCUAGUACUAAAGAAAGACUCGUCUGACAAAAGUGGAUUACGGUCAAAGAUAUUGUUUGAUGCAUUUAAGGAGGUGCCAAGCUUCAAUUCACUGAGGACCAAUUUCAUGGAACUCUCUGUAUCAAUUGAAAGAACCGAUGGCAGUGUGAAAAAUCUGGACUAUGGAAUAUAUAUCAAUUUCGAGCCUGUUAACGAAGGCUUUGUGAACAGACGUAAUUGGCGUGGACACGGAAAAUUCAAUCUUUACAAACUUGUGCACUGGGAUAUUGAAUACGAUCCUCGCCUCUUGCCAAAUACAGAUCCUGAGUACAAUGAUACUUUGUUCAGAGAGGUGAUGGACUAUGAAGGGAAUGAUGGCCAUAACAUGCUAGUGGAAAUGAUGCUCGCUAUUAACAAAGCCACCGAUGAUGAAUUACCGGAUGUCUUGCGCGAGUGGUUCGAUAUGGACAAUUUGUGCACAUGGGUAGCAAUUACAUUUGCUAUAUGUGGGGAUUGGGACCACAGAGGCAACAAUAUGGCCUUGUUUACAAAUGACAAACUUCGGAAAUUCUACUUCCAACCGUGGGAUUACGAUAAAAGUCUGCGCACGAGUGUGCGACAUUCCCGGAUGGACAUUUCUAUGUCACCAUUGAAUAAUCAUUAUCUAUUCCGCCGGAUCUUGGUAUCGAUGCCCAUCGAAUUCAUGGCAUUGGUGUGGGAUAAGGUACAAUUACUGACUGCAGAUGGAGCACCCUUCUCGCACGAAUCGUUGAAAGCGAAAGCGGAUGAAUAUGCUUUGGCCACCGCAAAGUAUAGUGAUCCAAACGCCGUUGAUGCUCGAUAUGUUUCUCGCGUUAAAUGGCAAGAGCAUGAAGAUGAUUUUUUUGGAUUGCUCCAUAAUAAUCCCCCGCAUUGGAAUUUUAACAAUGAGGUGCCUACCAGUGUGUCAAUGAAUAACGGAGGCAAGCUUCGAAUUACUGAUGACAGUGAUAUAUACACCAUCAAGCUCAAACCUGCUUUAUCCCCGAGAGGUUUAGAAGUAGAGCAUCAAAUUGUGCUCCACCGCGACUUCGACCCCGUUGUGACUCACUGGUAUCAUGCACCUGAGAAUAUCAUAUAUAAAUCUAAAUUCGUGAACCUUGGAAGAGUUGUUGGCUCUAUCAAGGCACGAUUCUCCAUUGGAGAUGAGAUUCUUUCUCGAUGCUUCAACAAAAUGUAUAGUGGCUGUUGGGUCAACAUACACUCGCGAGACAGCGAGGGGCGACUAGGCAACUAUGCCGCGCGGCCAAUGUAUCUGGGUGCGCACAAGUUACACAGCUCGCGAGAAGACGCUAUAAAUGCAAACGUAAACGAUAACACACGGGAUGAAGGAUUAUGA